GUGGCCCUACGCCUUACUCGUUUUCCCUAUCUCUUCACCUCCUUGGCUAGCAUCAAUCUGUUUUGGUUUGAUGCAGGUGUACUUAUAGCCGGCUUCUAACAACAGAUUUCGUUCGAGGCUAUAUAUACUCUUUACCUGUCUUUCUUUCUAUCCUUUGGAGGAAGGGACAUGCAUCGCGUACAUCGUCGUCAAGUAACUAGCAUCCCCCCGACCCCAACAGAUGCUGCUUUCACUGGGGCAGCGACUCUCAACACGAACACUGCUCAAAUCAACACAGAGUCGUUAGUUGCUGAUAACUCAGCAACAGGAGGAGGGGUGUUGUCUCCGACGACACUGUCACUUGUAUCAAGUUCGUCAUCAAAUACUGCCGCAGGCCCCACCAACUCGGAGACGUCCCAGUCAGCAAACUCAUCAAGCUCGAUCCCUAUCGGAACUGUCAUAGGCAUAUGUGUUGGCGUUUUCGCUGGCCUCAGUGCCAUUCUGCUUCUAUUUUUCUACUUCUCGAGGCGGCGUGUCAAUAACUAUGCACCGCAGGGAACUGGUCGAGAGGCUGAGCGCCGUAAAAGCGGACGUGAAUUAUGGGUCAAGAUGGAAGAGCAGGAUGGCGAUGGAAGCUACGAAAAGUAUGCUAUCAAGCGUACUACUAUGACUUCUACCGCUCCAUCGUCCGGCACGGGCGCUACAGCCGUUGGGCGCUCAAUUACGGUUAAGAGCGCAAAAAGCGCCAAAACUUUCAAGAGCCUCGGCUACGGAACGAACCUCGGCCUCUCUGAAACAUUCAAGACUCCGGACUUGCCACCUCAGUUGGAGUUCACUGAUCAUGACAUCGGUACUGGCCGCAGUUUUGUAGGUGCAACAGUGCAACCACCAUUCACUCGCGUAGAAAACGCUCCUAUCUCCUGGGAUGGAGAAACUGUCGCUGAAGGACAAUCCUAUUUGUCACUCAAGCACGGUAGCGACUCUAUCAAGGAGGUUCCGGGUCCUGUGAGCCCUAACAUGGUUGUCAGCCAUCAGACUCCUCCGGCUGUCGAGACAAAGAUUCCUCGUUGGGAAAGAGCGGAGGUUGUCAGUCCGGAUGGUGCGGAACACGUGUAUGGCGGUCUCAUCCCUCACACCAUCCGGUCAUCACAGGAGACUAUCCGCAAGCCUGCUGAGCAUUCACAACCUAGAAUCCAACCACAGGCUGUGUCGGUUAAUCCGUUCCACGACCAUAACCCGUUCGAUGACCCCGCGUCGGCACACGCACGGUCUAGUCCACAGAGUGUAGGGGCAUCUGACUCAGAAUCGUUCUUCACGACUAAGUCGAGUCUCACUGUACGCACUGGCGCAUUUGGUGCAGCGUCGACCGCGGCCGCUCACCAUGAGCGAAUGGAUAGCAACGAACACGCAAUGGCGUCCCUGAUCGCCGCGCUAAAUAUCUCGCAGGAUGAGGCGCGUGAGCGCCUGAGUGCGGCCAUUACGCCGACUCCGCGCGAGAGCGCUGCGUCCGGAUACAGUCUCGGUAUGCAGAGUACGGAGAGCAAGGAUUCAGAGGCGCUCGACGAGUUCCCUCUACCACCGACGAAUAUUGAACAUCAUGGUUCCGCGAAUUGAUUAACUUAUUCAGUCAUAUGAUGAUGCUCUACUGAUUAUCUAUCGUAACUAUUGAAGUUGCCUUCCAGCGCUUCACUGUUAUCGCUUCCGCUUUCUGCUAGUCUUUUUUUCCCUUGUUCCGCUCCCAGGGACUCUUUUUUAAAGCAAAAUUGACGCUUUCAUCUUCAUCGUCGACAUGCUACCCCGGAUUUCAUGAAACCUACGUAUUUAUUAGCUGCGUAGCGUAACCUGUCUUCCAGGCGUUAUCGCCGCGCUUACCCACUCCUACACCCUUAUCCCCACCCUUUUGGUAACAGAUCGCGCUAGCGCAGUUCGCGUAAAUACGUCUAGCUCUGGCCGUGGGCAAAGGCGUAUCGUUUUAGAAUGCUACGUCUCAUUGUACAGUGCCCCAAGCUCCCUUCUUACCACUACUACACUCUCUGAUUCCUUCAUCCCUUAUGCUCUGUAUACCGACGCCGUCGACAUCACUCUUAUCAUCAUUUAAAAUUUUCCGCCUGUCGUCGUUCUCCGUCACUCAUUUACGCAAUUUUUUUAUGCUUGACAACCGCGUUCCGUUUCGUACGUGUCUAUUAUACCGCAAUUUAGUUCUUUAUUGAGCUAUUCGGCUGUACAUAUUAUUAACUGAC